AGUUACGUAGGACAUCCAAAAUGGCUGCGCCCUUGUGAGAAGCGGAGAAGUGACUUCAUGACAGCAGUCAGCUUACUGGAUUUUUAAAAACGGUUACUUGCUAAAGUGAAUGCAUCAUGCCCAUCAGUGAUGUGUUUAAGUGGAAGAAGCGUGCCUCACUGAUGUACGCCAUAGGGGCUUGGACAGUAUGUGGUUCACUGGCCUACUACAAAUAUUAUAACAUAGAGCCCUUGGUCACAGCAACGCCUGUUGAAGAGGACAAGGGAAUCGUCGAGAAGUAUAAAGGCGACUACCACAAAACAACAGUUGUCUACAGAGAAGACUUUGUCCCAUAUUCUUCACGGCUACUCAAUUUCCUCAAAGGCCCUUCUACUGAAGACUCCCCUGCAGCCGCAGAGGAUCUGAAGGAUGAAACAUAAACUGGGAUACAGACUGGGACAGACACGGAGUAUCCCAGUCAAGAUUCAACACCAUUGAAUCACCCAUCACAAACAAAAGCGAUUGAUUUCAGAAAAUCACUUGGUCUGUAAAUAUCUAACAGAGCAUAGCCUACGCAGUGUUACUGUUUAUUUCCCAUCGGUGUAUGUUUUAUUGUUGUUAUUGUAUUACUUCAAGCAAUUCGAUAUUGUUCAGUGAUGCAUUGCAAUAAUGAAUGAAAACCAUAAAAUCUCUGAUUGAAGACAUGGCAUUAGAUCUGUCAGAAACACCUGAUUAAAUCAGAAUCCACCAUCAA